AUGUGGGCGCACGUCUCGCAUAGAUCAAAUGAACUCGCCUCGAAGGAUUUCGAUACAGCAUUUAGAUAUGAAAUAAUUGAAAUUAGUGACGGAAACAUCACAAAGAUGAGGGGGAAGGAGUUUUUUGAAAAGUUAAAAAUCGAACAUAAAAGCAUAAGAGUAUUUUUAGUUCCCUCAUUUUACCAUGAUUUAUAUAAGGGUUCUUUAGGUCCAGACGAAAUGGUCGGAUACUUUUUUUUUAAAGAGCAAUACUUCCGCAUCUCCAAAACUUAUUUCAUUAAAGUAGGAACAAAUAUUGUAAUUAGCCUCCAAGAUGGUGUUUUCGACACUGAAGUCGCUCAUGAGUUGGUAGAUGAAUUCUCUGCUGUUAACAUAUUUCCUGACACUACUGAAUGGUACUUAGGUUGCUCUAUUCAACGACUUACUUUUCUUAUGGAGAAAACACUCAAAACGUGGGAAGACAUAUAUCAUCUAUCGGCCGAGGAGACUGGUCACGACCCUACGGAAGAGAUUGCUAAACUAGAUAAAAUUGAAAGGUUAUUGAACUCAGCCCCCGCGAUGUUGUCAGUGAAUUUAACGAUCGCUGGAGGGUUAACCGAGGAGGAAUCUGUAGAAAGAAUAAAAUAUCUCCAUAGGUUGAUCGUAUCCGCAAAACAAAGAAUAUAUGACGAUAAACUCAUCCUCUUUCGUCGCAUACACCCCAGGCAGCCCCCAACAUUAUUUGCUGGGUUAGUAGCACUAAUGCAAACAAUUAUGAGAUUGUUUACUCCGGUACUGACUACUCUCUUUCAAUUAAGAAGCAUUAGUAAUAUCACAAAAUUUGUCAUUUUGCUGAUGGCUAUAAUUGUAUCAAAUGUAUGGUUUACCCUGUUUCCGCAAAAGUUUCUUACCGAUGCAGUGACCAUCAUUCACGAAGAAAUAUGGCAUCUAUGGCAAUUAUUAAGAGCAUGGAAUCUAUGGCAACUAAUAAGGACAUGGCAUCUAUGGCAACUAUUAAGAACACGGUUGGGGUGGUAA